CAUGAAAGAAAUUUUACCGAAUACUCCAGUAUUAUGUCAACGGUAGUUGCGAAAGUGUUAUACGAAUAUCAAUUAACAUAACCCAACUUGAUAUGAUUUAUCUUGCAUUUAAUAAAAAUAUACAUACACUUCGAUCAUUUUAUAGAUGAUGGAUUUAAUGAGUAACAGAUUUAAUUAUGUACGACAAAACAGAAAGUUAUCUAUCUAUGCUUUUAAUUGCUUUUUUUCAUUUCGAACGUUUCUCCAGUUUUUCAUCACCACAUGAUGCAUAAAUACGAGUUUACACAAGUUGACACAUGUAAUCACGUCUAUCAUAAUUUACAAAUUUAGUACAAAAAUAUAAGUAGAUUUAUGUGGCUGUUAAACAAUGGAGGAUUUUGCAGAUAGUGUAGCUAGACUUUGCAUGGAAAAAUAUAACUUUCUAAAAAAAACGGGUAAACCCAACGUUCACGAAUGGACCGUAUUAUCUGGCAUAGUUUUGAAAAACGCUGAUAGCUCAUUGUCUCUGGUAGCACUCGCCACUGGAACAAAAUGUUUAGGAGAAUCGGAAUUAAUGAAUACUCAAGAGGAAAAAGGUUCUCGAUUGAGUGACUGUCAUGCAGAAGUUCUAGCUAGACGUGCAUUUAUACGUUACUUAUAUGAUCAAAUUGAUUUGACUUUGAACGGCUCUGAGAGCAUAAUUUUUUCGCGGAAUCACGAAAAUAAGAUAGAAUUAAAUAGUAGCAUAUCAUUUCACUUCUUUUCAAGCCAAACGCCUUGUGGAGACUGUUCCAUUUUCCCUAAACAAGAAAUAAAUGAUGAGGAUGACAUGCCUCCAUGUAAAGUCAGAUGUGUCAAUGAAGAUAUUAAUGGACGCAUAAUCACCGAAUCAUGUCACAAAGAUAUAUAUAGAACAGGUGCAAAAUGUGUGAAGGGAGAGGAAGCGCAGGAUCCUCAUUUGCCUGGUUUGGAUUAUCAUAUCGUAGGUCCUUUACGUACAAAACCAGGUAGAGGAGAUCCCACAAGCAGCCUAUCUUGUUCGGAUAAAAUAGCAAAAUGGCUUUGUCUUGGUUUACAAGGAUCACUAUUAUCAUUGUUAAUACCACCAAUAAUGCUAGAGAGCAUUACAAUUGGAGGUUGUUGUCCGUUUUCUCUGGAUGCCAUGGAACGUGGACUUUAUAAGAGGUUUGAUAAUAAAGUAGUUAGAAUUAAAAUUUUUCAAACAAAAAUUAGUUUUAUACACAAGAAAGGACAACAGAGGUUACAUCCCUGUCCAAUAAGCAUCAUAUGGUGUGCUGUAAGAAACAGUGCACUAGAAGUGGCAGUCGCGGGCAGAAAACAGGGAGUAACGAAAAAGAGAAAAGGUAGUAAUUUACUUGUAACCAGACGGAUGCUUCUGCAACGCUUCUUGCAAAUUUUUGAUAAAUAUCAAGAUUACUAUAGCGAAAUAAAACAUCCGAAGAAGAUUACAUAUUACGAUUGGAAGCAAUGGUCAAUAAUUUAUCAAAAUAAGUGGAAACAAUUAAAAUGUGGAUCAUUCCAUAAUUGGCCAUGUAAAACGGCACAUUUACAACAUUUUGUAUUAUGAAGUUACUUCAUAAAUGAUUAAAUAGCUUUAUGUAUAUAGAAUGUAUUAAAA